AUGCACUCAUCAACUCCAGGAUUUGAUAGAUACUGCAUUUUUAGCUCAAAGCUGGGUCUUUGGGGGUAUCUCAGAUCUCACUAGGAGGUUCCGGUGCCAACAGGGAUUAAAGUGCCUGCCCUGCCCUCUUUGAGUUGGAGUCGGAUGGGGGUGUUCGCAGCUCCUGCCCUGAGAACGUUCUGGUCUGAGUGUGCGCGUUGAACACAGCCUCGAGGUUGAAGUCUCCGGAGAGGUGGAUGUUCGCAGCUUCUCCUAGAGGGAGGCCUGAGCGUGACUCCAUUGCAGCCACUCUGACCUACGACACUCUCCGGUUUGCCGAGUUUGAGGAUUUCCCCGAGACCUCGGAGCCCGUGUGGAUACUGGGUAGAAAGUACAGCCUUCUCACAGAAAAGAACGAGAUCUUGUCCGAUGUGGCGUCUAGACUGUGGUUCACAUACAGGAAGAACUUCCCGGCCAUUGGGGGAACUGGCCCCACCUCAGACACGGGCUGGGGCUGCAUGCUGCGGUGUGGCCAGAUGAUCUUCGCCCAAGCCCUGGUGUGUCGGCACUUAGGCCGAGAUUGGCGGUGGACACAGCAGAAGAGGCAGCCAGACAGCUACUUGAGUGUCCUGCAUGCCUUCAUGGACAGGAAGGACAGCUACUACUCCAUUCACCAGAUAGCACAAAUGGGCGUCGGCGAGGGCAAGUCAGUAGGCCAGUGGUAUGGGCCCAACACUGUCGCCCAGGUCCUCAAGAAGCUGGCCGUCUUUGACACGUGGAGCUCCCUGGCUGUUCACAUCGCCAUGGACAACACCGUGGUGAUGGAGGAGAUCAGGAGACUGUGCAGGAGCAGCCAUCCCUGCGCAGGAGCCGCCACCCCGCCUGCAGGUGCCGACUGGCACUGCAAUGGGUUCCCUGCCAGCACCGAGGUCACCAACAGGUCGCCCUGGAGACCCCUGGUGCUUCUCAUCCCGCUGCGCCUGGGGCUCACGGACAUCAACGAGGCCUAUGUGGAGACCCUGAAGCACUGCUUCAGGAUGCCCCAGUCUCUGGGGGUGAUCGGAGGGAAGCCCAACAGCGCCCACUACUUCAUCGGCUACGUGGGUGAGGAGCUCAUCUACCUGGACCCCCACACGACGCAGCCGGCCGUGGAGCUGACGGACCUCUGCUUCAUUCCCGACGAGAGCUUCCACUGCCAACACCCGCCCUGCAGGAUGAGCAUCGGGGAGCUCGACCCGUCCAUCGCUGUGGGGUUCUUCUGCAAGACAGAGGAAGACUUCAAUGACUGGUGCCAGCAAGUCAGGAAGCUGUCCUUGCUGGGAGGUGCCCUGCCCAUGUUUGAGCUGGUGGAGCAGCAGCCUCCUCACCUGGCCUGUCCCGAUGUCCUGAACCUGUCCCUAGAGUCUUCUGAUGUAGAGCGACUAGAAAGAUUCUUUGACUCAGAGGAUGAGGACUUUGAAAUCUUGUCCCUUUGAAGAUCCUGCGUUG